AUUAAUAUUAUUGUUUACUGUUUUUAACAUAUAUAUUCCACCACUUUGUUUCUGUUAUUCUUUUCCCCUCUUUUACUUUUUAAAACAAUUGUUGGUGUCAAUAUGAGCUAUUUUUCACAUUUGCAUGUUGGGAGCCAACCCUCUUCACGAAGUGGGCCUCUAUUGUGCCAACCUUGGAAGCCAGACAACAUCUCUUUGAAUGAUGACUGCCCAAGUCCCUCCACCAGACUUCAAGAUACCUCAAUGAAGCCAAGCGACUUCAAAUCUAAUCAUCCAACAAGACAUAUUGCUUUGUUCCCUUUUAACUCUUUGACGUUGAGUCACGACAGGUUAUUUGGACUGUUGCAGUCUUGUGGCGGAGAGGUUAAGACCCUUUGCCCUUUGUUUACAGAAGGGGCUGCAAUCAUUUCUUACUACAAGUACACGGAUGCCAUGAAAGCCUUGUCCAUCAUCAAUGACAGCUUCAACCAUUCAUACCAGGCUUACUUUGCAAAGCCUUGUUCGGUAAACAUGCCAUUAAACAAUAAGGUUUUUAUGGUGAUGAACUCACAAGGUGGAAGAUUACUGAAUAUUAUGGAUCUCGCUUCUCAAAUUGGCGUAAUUCAUACUUUCUCAGAAGCCUGUGCAUCGAGUAACUUACAGCUGGUAAAUAUUGAAUACGAUGAUGAGCGUGAAACAGAAAUACUGUUUGCACGUCUUAAUGGUGUGUCGAUUGAGGGAACGACCAUCCAAGUUCUUCCAGCAAAUAAUAAUCCGUUUGAUUGUACGUGCAAUGAGAUUGCAUUCACAAAGCUGAAAGAACCUCCAACUUGCAUUACAAAACCAGUGAAUAGGAGUAUCACGUCUGCUCUCGAUCUUUCGGAGAACCACACAUACUUUUCCAAAGAUCCGUUUAGUGUGCUUCCUUGGUCUUCCAAAGGCCCUUUAAAUCCAGACCGUUUCUCCUCUAGUUCCGGCCGCAACCCUAAAAAUUCCGGCUCCAAGCCCUAUCUCUCUAGCUCAGAUUGUAUCUUAUCCGCAGAGGCCUCUGAUAAGAUCAAUGCUCCUGCCAAAGAAAGAUCCAAGUCUUCCGGCCCAUCUUCAUCUAGUUCGGCUGCGAUUUCUGACGUUGUUUCAUCUAAAACCAAUGCAAAGUCUCCAGUAAAUACAGUCAAUGUCGAUAAAGCUUUACCUUCAGAGAUCGGUCUUAUGGCAGACUCUAUAUCUGUUCCAUCAAACGGUGUCGUUAACAAGGUCAAGAAAGGGUCACCUGGACCAGCAACUUGUCAGAAAAGAAAAUCUUACUCGUCUGUUGUAAGUGCGGGGGUCAAAACAAAAGCAAAGCCUUCACUGGCUUCACUGCCUCCAGCUCCUUCAGUUCCUUCGGCCCCUGUUAAAGUCUCAUAUGAACUGGAUAUCAAUAGGGUGAUCACAAAGCAAGACACCAGAACAACAUUUAUGAUUCGUAACAUUCCCAACAAGUACACGCAGAAAAUGGUUAUGAAUUUAAUUAAUGAAACGCAUAAAAAUACAUUCGAUUUUUUUUAUCUUCGAAUGGAUUUUAAAAAUAGAUGCAAUGUUGGCUAUGCCUUCGUUAAUUUUAUUGAGCCAAAAAGUGUCAUCAGCUUUUAUGAAGAACGCGAAGGCAAGAAAUGGAGCAAGUUCAACUCCGAUAAGACAUUCCAGUUGUCUUACGCUGCCAUUCAAGGAAAGAAGGCUCUGAUAAAGAAGUUCCAGAACUCUCAAGUCAUGAAACAAGAGCCCAACUACCAGCCAAAGUUGUUUUAUUCUUCUGGCCCUUUAAAAGGAAAAGAACAGCCUUUUCCACGACCAACUGGAGAUGGUCGUAAGGCUAAAUCCCAAACUCGACGGGGUUAAAAAAAUCGCUCUCUUGUCCUUUUCUUUUUUUCCCGUUUCUUUGGCCUUUGUUUCUUUGGUCUUUGUUUCUUUCCUGUUUUUUAAUUUGUUUUGGCAAAUUUGCCUUUUGUUUUCUUUUAUUACGUUAAAAAAACGAAAAACAAAAUUUUUAUUAAGAAUAAAUUAUAAUUUAUACCAGUA